UUAUACUACGUAAAUAACGACUUUGCUGGUAAUUGCGGUCGAUGGCUCGUAGGACGACCGUCUUUCGAUGUCUCCUCGUCGCUAGUGCUUUGUUGUUCUGUGUCCGCCUCCUCUCACGUCGGCGUACCCAGGUAAUAAGUCAAUCUCCCAGGUCUUCCUGGGAAAGCCUCGCUGUCCCUGGACGCCCCCUUGUCACGAGCUUCUUGAUUGGAGCAAACACUAGCUUAUUUCCAGCGUCUCAAUCCUAUCCUGACGUGACAGCAGUCGUCCUGAACUGGUCUCGUCUUCCUAAUGUUGUACGGAUCGUAAGUCUUCUUUGUGGACCACGGUUAGGGGAUGUCAUAGCAGAGAUUGUAGUGUGGAACAACAAUCCGAGGGAGAUCUCAUAUCAGACCUUCGCGGAGACGGGUUGCCCUUCUGAAAAGCUCAGGAUAUACAACUCGCCUCAAAAUACCUACUUUCAAGCUCGAUACGUUGCGUGCGAAGAGGCUACCACUCGUUUCUGCUUCCUGCAGGAUGACGACUACCUUAUUACGCCUGAGAUUAUUCGCACUCUGCAUACUCGGGCUCUGGGAACUCCUGACCACUCAAUACACCUUCUGCCUUCACACGAGGUUCUAUCCACACAACUGCGGACAGUGGUCACGUCCUACGGCGCGCAUACCUCACCUGCGUGGCUUGGACAUGGUACGAUUCUGCCUCGGACUAAAGCUUCGGAGUUCUUGGCCCUCUUACAUCAUCUGAACGCGUCCGAGGACGAGAUGAAGAUGGCAGACAACUACUUUACGAUCCUAAAUAAUAGGAUUCCUGAAGUUUGGUUUGACCAAGGUGUUGAGCUAGGAGGCGGUCAACCAUUCACAGUCGGAAUAGAAGGUAACGAACGUAAUAAUAUUCAUGUUAUUAAAGCUUGUCGAUACCUGGACACUCUCCUGAGCGCUGUCAGAGCGUCAGAUGUAUCUCAGGAAGAAUUGAGAUUACCUUUCAUUGACGUUGAUGCGGUAACCCCUGCUGGUCAUCACCAAAUAUUUCAAGCGCCGUGCCUUGGUGCUUCUUGUUUACUGCAGACGAACAUCCGUUUAAUACCAUUAAACGUAAAGGUUGAGAGUCACUCGACCGAGGACAUAAUUAUGCAGGAAUCGCGAAGUAGACAGUCUUUGGGUCAGGAUGCUGUGGACCAUUACAUGCGGUUCCCUCCCUCCCAGGCUGUCGACGGCCGCCCGGAUACCGCAUUCCGCAGUCCACUUCCGGCACAGCAAGGUGACUUUGUGUGUCUGGACAUGCUGUCACGCGUGGUCUCACCAGGUUCCGCACUUGAAAUGACCCUGCUUGUCACGAGGGAAACUGUGGAUAUUUUACGCCACGCCCUGUUUGAAUCCUCUGCAGAUGCUGUAGAUUGGGUUAUCUCCAUGCAUGCAUUGGUAUGCGAAGAAACCGAAUUGAAGGAGCUCCGAGGCCUUAGAACUGCACCUCGCAAAUUACAGGAAUGUAUGGUGCAGUCGCAGGAGACAAACCAUCGGUUUUUUCGAGCGAGUCUUCAGGUUGAUUUACCGUCUCCGGCUCACUGGGUGAUCUACGAGUUUUGGAUACGGUAGUCAGCGUGAUAGAGCAGUUCCAUCUCUAACGUUGACAUCACACUUGUACAUACUCUUGCUACAAAAUCAAACUUGCAAUUGAGCUUGAGUGGAUUUAGAGCCGGAUGCAGUUGGUUGAAAGUUGAAACUCAGGGGUCGCUUAUAUUCUUACGUAGUAUUGCC